UGAAGAGAUAAAUUAGUUUUAAUGUUGGAUGAAAUGUGUAUUAACUAGACCUAUGUUAUAUAAAAUGGGGAUCAGGUGGAUGAGUUUUUGACUUAAACAUUUUUUAAAAAGAUUGAGACACCAUCCAAUCCCACUAAACACUUUCUAUCGCUGUUCUGUCUCUUUGCCUAUAUUGCGAUUAAAAUAGGCAUUCCAGUAAAUAAGUAAAACCCCCUUUCUCGGAGCUACGUGCGUCAGCUGUAUAAAGUGAUAUUUGAGAUUUGGCAGGAGCGGUCCUAGUAAAAUAUUUAUCUUCUGUGAGAAAACUGGUGUAGGCAAUAGAAGAGCAGUAAUUUAAUUUUCAAUAACGAUAGCAUCCAAUAGCAUGAGGAACGAAAGCAAUAGGCGCUAUCCCAUAAUGCUUUGUUAGGCAGCGGAGCAGAGCAGAGUUGAUUUGCCUGCAGCGGGUAGAGCACAAGGUAGGGAUCACAGUACAGACCGUGCGGCUACAGAACAUAUUGGAGUAACGGUGUGCUGACAGGGUGAAGUGAAAGUGCAUCAGAGUAGUUUCUGUGUGCCUCUUACACACUACUCAUCACACUGUGUUGUCAUCAUGAAUUUCCUAAGAAGACGCCUCUCGGACAGCAGCUUCGUGGCUAACCUGCCCAACGGCUACAUGAUGGACCUGCAGCGGCCCGAGAGCCCCACUAGCUCCCCCGUUUCCCCGGCGAUGGAGCGCAAGCAGCAGCAGCAGCCGCCGCCGGCCUCAGCUCCACCCACUGGGAGCGGCUUCCUCAGCUCCCUGUCCAAUGUGGUGAAGCAGAGCACACCGGGCGCUGCCGGACAGGCGGAGCCACCGGCAAACGCCACGCCCGUCGUACGCAAACCCAAGAUCCUGCUGGUCAUCGACGACGUGCACACUGACUGGGCCAAGUACUUUCGAGGGAAGAAACUGAACGGGGAGUACGAGAUAAGAGUGGAACAGGCAGAGUUCUCUGAGAUUAACCUGUCUGCCUAUGUGAACGGGGGAUGUGUGAUAGACAUGCAGCUCGUCAGGAAUGGCACUAAAGUGGUCAGGUCUUUCAAGCCUGACCUGGUCCUGGUUCGACAGCAUGCUUAUAGCAUGGCCCAGGGAGAAGACUUCCGCAGCCUCAUCAUCGGGCUGCAGUAUGGGGGGGUUCCGGGGCUCAACUCCCUGCACUCCAUCUACAACUUCUGCAGCAAACCCUGGGUGUUUUCCCAGCUGAUAAAGAUCUUCCAAUCCCAGGGGCCAGAAAAAUUUCCUCUCACUGAGCAAACAUUCUACCCCAAUCACAAGGAGAUGCUCACAACAGCGACCUUUCCUGUAGUGGUUAAGCUUGGGCACGCUCACGCCGGUAUGGGCAAGGUGAAGGUGGAGAGUCAUUCCGAUUUCCAAGAUAUAGCCAGCGUGGUGGCUCUGGCAAAAACCUACGCUACCACCGAGCCUUACAUUGACUCCAAGUAUGACGUCCGGAUCCAGAAGAUAGGCAGUAAUUACAAGGCCUACAUGAGAACCUCCAUUUCCGGCAACUGGAAAGCGAACACUGGAUCUGCAAUGCUGGAGCAGAUCGCCAUGUCUGAUCGAUACCGCAUGUGGGCGGAUUCCUGCGCUGAGAUGUUUGGGGGUCUGGACAUCUGUGCAGUGAAGGCAGUCCAUGGCAAAGACGGGAAAGACUACAUCAUUGAGGUGAUGGACAGCUCCAUGCCGCUGAUUGGAGAGCAUGUGGAGGAGGAUCGACUGCUCAUAACGGACCUGGUUAUAACUAAAAUGACUCAGCUGGUCACAGGCACCCACCCGCCUCAGCCACCUCAUGCAUCUUCACAGCCCCAGCAGAUUCAACCUCAGCCAAUGAAGGCCCAAACCCAGCUUCAGCCUGUCCCUGGAGCCCAGCCCAAGCCAACUUCACAAGGUGGCCCUGGUCCAGCGACGGGGCCCCAGGGGUCUCAGCUCCAGAACACCCAGCAGCAGAGUGCCUCUCAGCCACAGAAAUCACCCGGCCCCCCCCAGCAAGCCAGGUCUGCCGGCACCUCCCCCAACCAGGCCUUCAAGCUGAGCACUUUCCCACCGCAGCAGCCCAGGACAGCUGCACAGGGGCAGCCAGGACCCAGCACUGCUCAGAGACAGACUCCACAGUUGAAUAAGUCUCAGUCUCUGACGAAUUCCUUCAGUGUCUCCGAAACGACCCAGCGUGGGAACGGGAACGAGGAUGAGGCCAAGGCAGAGACCAUCCGCAGCUUGAGGCAGUCCUUCGCCAGCCUCUUCUCCGAUUAACUCACCCCCUCCCCAAGGAACCCUUGAGAGAUCCGCAGAGCUGGGAACCUCCCAUCACCCAACAGGGGGCAGUGAUUCACUGCGUCCCUCGAUUUGAAGCUGCUUCUCAAUGCAAACUGGGGUCCACACCCAGCAGAAUCUUUAGGAGCUCUGGAAGGGAGCUGAAUUCACUAAAACAUUUGCUCUGAGGGAAACUUUGCUGCACCUGUUUGUUAAUAAAGAAAUAAAACUUGAUAAUGUUACAAAACCGAGAGAUAUAUACUUGAAUUACAGGAGAUUUAACCCUUUAAGGUACAUGAGAAAUUGAGCGGUUGCUCAAACGGUUUCUUGAAAUACGUUUGAGAGGGACUCAAGUAUCACGAGGAGGAAGCUGAAAUUUGGAGGACCAGAUCCAACCUGGCAAUUCAUUUUAAACCGUUUCGUGCACCUCGUGCAAAAAUAAUAACGUUAGUAUCAUUUUAUUUGUGGGACACAUACAGUAUGUCCCUUGUACCUUAAAGGGAUAACCCUGCUACAACCCAUUUGAUCCCUGUGUCUAUAAUUGCACCAUGUCAACUUUACUAUCUGUGCUAAACUUUAUGCACUCUGUAUGUGUUGGCAAGGCAAUAUCAUUCUAAAAAUUCAGUAACAAAAUUGUGUGAGAAGGGAAAAUAAUAAUAAUAAAAAUACAGUCCAAGUUUACUAGUUUUUGCCUGGCGGCGUUAAGAUUUGCCUCUGUUUUAGAUCAUUACAAUAGACCCCUGCCUGUUAAUUUAACCUCAUUUGUUGUUUUGUAACAUUAGUGGGUUUUUGUUGCUGCUGAAACACUGGUGGAUAUGAUUCCUGGUCCUGGUCCCUGAUUUUAACAUUCACUUCUUUCAUGAAGGAGCUGUUUUAUUUCUAUGUAUUUUUUUGUUUGUUGUGCACCUUGCUAAACUAUUUGAAUGUUACACUGAUGACUUCUUUAUGAAACUCCUGCUAGGUUUCUUUAGCAACAGUCUGGAUUGUAUAUAUAUUAAAUGACUCCUGAUUUGAGGGCUGAGUAGGACCCAGGACAGUUUUAAAGAAUGAUUUGUUAAGAACUGUUUUUUUUUUUUUUUUCGUGUGGUUCAUUUUCAACUGUCUGUGAGUGGGUUAGAAGUCUACUUCUGUUUAAUCAUUUAAAGUCACUCAGAAAAAAAUAAAUAAAUAAAUCCUUAGAUUGUAAAUAUGGCCCAGUGUUACAAAAUUUUACUGACACAACUGAUCCUAUUUUCUUCUUGCCAGCUGGUGGGAAAGGGUCACUAUGAAUUCCACUAUUAGAAUUCCACUAUUAGAAUGGGAAACAUUCUUGAGGUAAAGCUUACAAUAAUGCAGAUUUAUAUAUACAAUUUAUAGAUUAAACAACUGCUCCUGGUGACCAGCUUCCUGUAGACCAUGUGACCUACAGCACAGGGUUUGUAUUAUCUCAAGGUCUGUAUCAGUGCUGCAGCUAAUAACAUUUGAACAGAAUGGAUUCCAAACCCUUGGUUAGCACUCAUUUAAUAGAAUUAAUUUCUUUUAAACUUUUAAGUGUUUUUACUGUUACUUUUCUGAGCUGUAUGUUCAUGUUUUUUUCUUCACCAGUACAUUUAGUGUAACUGGUCACAUUGGUCUUCACAGUUGGUGUUUGUUAUUUAAACUUUUUCUCCUCACUUGCACUGACACAGUUAAACUAAGUGUUUAAACAAAUAUGUAGCUGGUGAAUUUAUGAGCACAAAAAAUCUGAAAACGUACAGUAGAAGUAUAAAGUUAUUAUAAGUAAUUUUGCUACACAACAAUGGCGUCUGUAAAGAAAACAUUUAAAAAGCCAGUAAACCAGUACACUUUUCAUCUAUUUGGAAACCGAUUGCCUGUGCUGUUCUUGUCUGUGGAAGAAUCAGGAUCAUUACCUAUUUUUUUUUUUUUACUUUCUAAUCUUAUGCUUUUAUUCGCCUAAGUGCUAGUAAGUGGCUGGCAAACAGUUGUAUUGUUGAAGUGUAGUGAAUAUUCAAGAGUCAAAAAUUACGUUGUCAAAAAAAGUCUGUUAAAAAUGUGUCAGCCAGGAGAGUUUUUAGAUUGCAAAGCCCAACAGAACAAUUCAUGAAAUUAGGAGACUGCACAAAGACAUUACAGCAACUGUAGGACACAUACCAGCAAUAAACGCAACAAGACUGUCCUCUAAAAUAAUAAUGGGUCUUCACUUGGUUAAAUGAAGGGAAUAUCAUUGUGUUUAUCACCUAUGAGAUUGUGUACUUCUGCCACCCUGACUAAAGUUGACAACUAGUAAUUGUUCAAUACAAAUAUCAGGGCUACAAAAAUACUGCAGUCUUUUUAAUCAUUAGUUGCAGUGGACCAAAUUACAAAUCUGCAGUGUUGUUUCAAUAUAAAUUAAAAAAUAAAUAAAUAAAUAAAAACGUGUUGUGUUAUUAGUGUGGCAUGUUUAGAGUCCUGUUGUGUACCCAAUGAAGACUGCCUGCUGAAUGUUUCAUCUCUGAUUCAGUAAAUGUUGAUUUGUGUCACUGUUACUGACAGAUCUUAAUUUUGAGUACAAAAUAAAUCUGUGAUUGUACAGGAUGGCAAUGGGUUCGGUUUUCUGUUCACUGUGACCACUUCAUUAUAAACAGGUAAUAUUGGGAAUAUAUGAAGAGAAACACACUUUUUUUUUUUUU